AUGAUCUCGCCCGUUUUGAUUAGUCGCAUUCAAUGGGGUACUUAUGUGCUGUGGUGCGGAACAAAUCUUAGUUUCAUCCCAAUAAUCUAUUUCCUGAUUCCUGAGACACUAAACGGAACACUGGAAGAUAUCUCUGUCAUGUUUGAGGAGAGCGGAGACUCUUGGAUCAUUGGCCCAAGCUCAAGAGCAAAACUUGCCCAGGUAAUUGCAAAUCGCGAGGCUGCGGAGGCGGAGAGGGCAGAUGGCGAGAAAGACAUGCUCCGUGCUACCGCUGAGAAGAUUGAGGAUAGCAAGCUCGCGUGA